AUAGCUGCAUAUAUUGCAGGAAAGCAAAAAUGAGGACUGGGAGGGAGGAUAAACCAUGCAGGAUUCCGGAACCAAUCGAUUUGGUUUCACCGGUCAAGGAGUUACAAACGCUAAGUUCUCUGGAGCUUAGCAGGUUAAUUAGGGAUGCAGACAAUGAUACUAUUCAAUGGACCUCCAGUGAUGGAUCAUCAAAACAGAUUGGUGUGGAAAACCUAGCAAGAUAUUUGGCGUGGAACCUUGUUGCCAGGUUUGUGCAAUGCGAACAAGAUGAAGAGCUUUUCAGAUACUUGUUAGGUGGGGUUAGAUUGUUGCAUGCCUUGUGUGAUCUUGCACCCCGGAGUUCUAAACUUGAGCAGGUUUUGCUCGAGGAUGUGAAAGUAUCUGAACAAAUGCUCGAUUUGAUAUUUUUCACAGUACACGUUCUUAGUCGCACUAGACAGGAUAGUAAACUAUUUUUGCUGCAGUCAGCACUGUUGGCCAGCAAUCUUUAUCUGUUAACAGCAUUUGUUUCUGCACAAUGGCAUGAGCUUUCACUUGUUUUGCUUGCACACCCGAAGGUUGAUAGAUUUGUGUAUGGAGCUUUUGUUGCUGUUAAAAGAGACAUUCAAGUUCUUCAAGUGAAGCUGUCAGCUCAAUAUACUAUGCAGUCUGAUCUUUCUGACGUCAAUCAUUUGUGCCAACACUGCGAGGCUUCUCUACAGUUUCUUCAGUCACUUUGCCAACAAAGGUCCUUUCGGGAGCGCCUUGUUAAGAAUAAGGAUCUAUGUGAAGAAGGUGGCAUUCUAUGGUUGGCUCAUGAUAUCAUGAAAUUGCCAUUCUGUGAAGAUUCUUAUCUUAUGGCUGUGGUUUCUAGGCUGAAAUCAAAAGUUUUAUCUAUUUUGCUGCAUCUUUGUGAAGUGGAAAGCGUCUCUUUCUUGGAUGUGGUUGCCAGCACUACUAACGUUUUGAAUUUAGCGAAGUCUACAAUAUCCCAGGUACUUAAUUUGCUGAGGACCAUGUUUCGUGGAGAUCUCAACGGGCUGGCUGCUUUCUCGGAUAAAACCUACCCAAGGGGACUUCUUCAACUUAAUGCAAUGCGUUUGACUGACAUUCUCUCCGAUGAUUCUAAUUUUCGAUCUUACAUCACUCUGAACUUUACUGAAGUUUUGACCACCAUAUUUUGGCAACCACAUGUGGAGUUUUUGUCUAGUUGGUGUUCAUCUGAAUCUCGGCCUUCUGAAGAAGAUGCUACUCUGGAUUACGAUUCAUUGGCAGCAGCAGGAUGGGUUUUGGGCGUGCUUCCAUCAUCAGAUGUUCCAGAACCCACUUUCAAUGCCUGCCGUGUUGCUCGGACUUCCUAUGCCUUUCAAAGAACGUCUUUACUCGUCAAAGUAGUAGCAAAUCUCACUUGUUUCAUUCCUGAUAUAUGUAAAGAGGAGAAGGAUCUCUUUCUUAACACAUUUCUGCAGUGCUUUCAGAAGGAACUUUCUAAUUUACCAUAUGGAGUUCCAAAUAAUUCUAGAGCCGAAAGAGCAGCUAUCGUUACCCAAAACCUGCGUGCCCUAUUUCUUCAUGCAGAAUCUUUAAUUCCUGGAUUCCUUAAUCAGGAUGAUGUGCAAUUGUUUAGGUUGUUCAUUGCACAGUUAGAGCCAGUAAUUACUCAGGAAACCAGUAUUGACCGCGCUAGGGAGAUUAAUGGUGGAGGUCAAGAAUCUCCAGAUGCAAGCGGCAAAGGUGGUAAUCAGAACGAGGGCAUUACUGACCAUUCACAUUUAGAAGAGAUUAACCAAUUAAAUCUAAAUGGAAAUGAAGAUCCAGCUAAUGGUUUGCCAAUGCAUGACCAGAGGACAGAUGUAGCUCAAACUGUUCCUGGUGGUGUUCUUGAAACUAACGGAGAUGCUCAGAAUGGUGUAACAAAUGGAUUGGAUUUAACCACUACGCAGCAGAGUGAGGAAAAGCAGUUGAGAAAACGGAAGCGCAACAUAAUGAAUCACACGCAAAUAACAAUGCUGGAACAGGCUUUACAGAAUGAGCCUGAAAUGCAGCGGAAAGCUGCCUCAGUACAGUUAUGGGCUGAAAAAAUUAGUCUUCAUGGGUCAGAAAUUUCUUUCUCACAACUAAAGAAUUGGUUGAAUAACCGUAAAGCCAAACUAGCCCGUACAGCUGCUGCUAAGGAUGUUCCUGCACCUUCUAAGGGAGACAACGUGGCUUUCAAUGAGAAACAAGGUGGCUCAGGAACUGAACCCGAGAGUGCUGAUGAAUGCUUUGAACCGACCCCAUCUACUACCCAAGUGACUCAAAGAAACCCAGAAGCUGGUACUUCUGUAAAGCACGAGCCAGGGCAAUUCGUAGUGCUUACAGAUGUGCAAGGAGAAGAGAUUGGUAAGGGUUGUGUGCAUCAAGCAAGCGGCACUUGGUCUGGAACCAACCUUGAUGAAUUGGGUCUGUGUGUUGUGGAUGUUACUUAUCUUAAAGUGGACAAAUGGUCCAGUCUUCCUCACCCGUGUGAUGCUACUGGUGCUUCAUUUGGACAUGCUGAACAGAUUAAUGGUAUAAAGAGGGUGCUGUGGGAUUCCACCAAACUUGUUCUGUCUAGAUGACACCAGACCAUGUGAUGUCUCUCUAGUUGGUUGGUCAAAAACACAACACAUAACUUAGUUUUAUAACUCUUAGAUUUAGGUUCGAGUCGCCAAAACUAUCCCUUGUAGAAAUUGCAUAUUCGAAGGGUUAUGUCCUUGAAACCUUUUUAAGGUAAGAGGCCUUUGCAGGGCUGUUCCCCCCCCCCCCCCCC